CAUUUGAUUAUCAAACGUGAAACAUGGAUUGUGAUCUUUUGACAAUGUUGGAUUGUGCGGCCAAAUAUUAUGGAAUCCGUUUCUGUAAGAAAUCUUCACACGCAUCCCUAGUGAUGGGUUGUCUUGUUUGGAUAGACUAUAUCCAUUUCUGGAUAAUGUUUUUUAAAGCCUGGAAUGCUAGUCCAGGCCAAGAAUGUUUUGUCAUGGAAUUGAGCUGUCAAUUUUUGGGUGAAGAAUAUCGAAUACAAGGCAACAUUUUAUUAGCUUUUUUUCGUUCUAUGCUAUUUCUUUUAUAUAAUGUUUGGAUUUUUACCGAUCAAAAUUGGCUGAUAAUGGCCAAUAAGUUUUAUAACGAAUUGGACAAGAUUGAUGUUUGUUUAACGAUGGAUUGGGCCGAUAAAACAGUGAAAAAAUCAUUCCGUAUGACAGCAUGGUUGAUCGUAAGCUAUAAUUUAAAUAAUUUUGCCACUAAACAUCCAACCUGGUAUGAUCGUAUAUUCAAUCAUUUAUUUGUCACUUUGCACACAUAUUUUUUAAGUUAUUUUUUGAUUCAAAAUUAUUUGUUAAAUCAAAUCUGUGUGAAUUUAUUUCGACAAUAUAAUCAAAAAUUUUGCGAUAAUAUCAAACAAUGCGAUUUGAAUACUGAACUGUUGAAACAUUUUCCCAAUCUUUAUCUAAUGAUUCAAUAUAUGAAAAUUUAUAUAAAACAAUCAUACAUCAUACUAGUGGGAUGUCUUUUUGGAAUGUUAUUCGAAAUGUAUCAUCUGACAUUCUAUUCACAUAUGCCACUACUUAUACAAUGUUUAAAUGUAUCCAUCUUGGCUGUUUGGGUUUCGGUUAUCGUUAUAUUUUCUGUCAUUUUUGGCCGUGUAGAUGAACAGGCAUCAAUAUUAUCCAAUAUGAUUUAUGAAGAUGUCAAUGUCAAAAGGAUUCCAUAUUUUCCUAGACGUAAAAUUAAUUCUACUGAUGAAAUCAAAAAACAUCCAGAAUAUUCUAGAUAUUAUGAUUUUAUGGAUUGUCUUAAUCAAACGGUUGGUUUAGAAGUGAUGGAUACACCGAUCAAUGCAGCCACUGUUUUACAGUUCAUUACAGCAUUCUUUUCCAUCACUGCUUUGUUCUAUCAGAAAAAGAAAUAAUAUUCAACUUGUUUAACAUUGAUUACAAUGUAUUCUUGCAAAACAAAACAAAACAGAAAAAACAGAA